AUGGCUGAAGCAAUUCGUUUUAUUCAUUUACAGCACACAGAUCAUUCAUUAUAUCCCAUACUUCAUGACGCUGAUGAGCCUUUGCGUUAUACUCAACCUCUUGAUGUAUCAUAUCGAGUACUCAAUAGAACAAUAUCGAAUCAAAAGUUAGUGCUGAUUAACUUUGCUAGGAAAACCGAUGAAACCGGACUUCGCUCAAAUAUUUGGGCAGAUCUGUGCGAACCAAAAAAUGAUAAAAAGUAUCCGUUUAUAACAUGUAUAGAUAAAUCCAAGGGUGUUCAAAUAAAACAUCUUCCAGAAAUCUAUGCACGUAAUCGUCAAUACCCUUUUUGGUUGUCACCGCGGGGUAACGGUCUCGACUGUCAUAGGACAUGGGAAGCCUUAUAUCUUGACAUAAUACCAAUUGUAUGGAACACUUCGUUGAAUAUUUUAUACGAAAAACUACCUGUUGUCAUUAUAAAUGAACACAAAGAAUUAAAUGUAACAUUUUUAAGUGACAAACUACAUGAAAUUUCAAGGAAGAAAUUGUCACGAAAAUUUUAUCAACACGAAAAGCUAUUGAACGUUUAUUGGCGCCAUUUAAUACUAAGUAAAUCAAGACAUAAAAAGAAAAAACAUACCUAUCAUCGUAAAAGACAAUGCUGGAUAGCGAACAACACAGUACAACUGAAAUGAUUUUCGCGUUCCUGGUAAUACCAAACAGAUGUGGAUGCGGGUAUAGUUAGGGGGAACAUACCUACUUAUACCCACACACUCAAGACGGUAACACGUGUGUACUAUAUGAAAAUGAAAAGAUCACUACGAAAUAUAGGUAUGAAAGGAAAUAAACCGAAAUGGUUAACCCUCAAGCGCCCACCUGUAGGACUACCACUUAUUACCCACCUGGGGUCCGCAUGGACCCCAAGCUAAUAAGACAGAUAUAAUACACGUUUUAACUAGUACACUAUGAUAGCAUUGUGUGGUAUAUAAUUUGC